UACUGAUCAACCCUAUAAUAAAGGAAACAAUUCGAAACAUAGAUCAGUUUUUGCCAAAAUCGAGCUGGCAGAAUGGUGAAAACCGUUGUUGUGACACUUCUUUGCUCAUUUAUUUCGUUGAGUGGGGCCUUGGAAUGUUACGAUUGCUCCGCAGUGAAAAACAAUGACUGUUACAGCCCCAUCAACAAGACAACAGUCACAGUCACAAACUGUUACGAAUUUUACACCAAGUUAGGCAACCAACAAAACGCAACUUAUGAAUGUGUUGCCUAUACUGAGCAUCAUAAUGCCACGAACCAAACUUUCGUCGGUCGUCACUGCCUUAUAAAAGAACAAAACGACUUUUGUAUUGAUUAUAGAGAAGACCGUAAACUUUAUGGGUAUAUCGUUGAUGAGUGUUUCACAUGCAAUGAAGAUUUAUGCAAUUCUGGAACAAAUCCAGGGAUUAUGUUGGGCCUUUUGUGUGUUAUCACAUUUUAUGUAAUUCAAUAAAUAGAUUUUUGA